AUGCUUGUCAUAAAACUUCUCAUUGCCGCGUCUGCGAUGCUGUGCAGUGCCGGGGAGGUCCCAGAACUCGAAGAAGUAUAUCGUUCGGGUGAUGAUGGCUCCGUGCUACCCAGCCUUGAACAGCUCCGCCACCAGUACAGAAACACGGAGUUUGAGGUUGAGCCAAGGCCCGACCUCACGGGGCUCAGUGGCAUGUGGAAAAGAUCAGAGAAUCCGGUCAAUGGAGACUUGGAGACCUAUUUACGAUGUCAAGGCAGUGCCACAGAUGCCAAAACUCGUCAGAAGUGGGCUCUACAGGCAGCUCAAGCCCUCAAGGCUCUCCAUGCUAUUGAUAUAAUCCACCAGGAUGUCACGCCUCGUAACUAUCUUUUGAAUGAAAACUUGGACCUUCGGAUCUGCGAUUUCGCACACAGCUCGUUUCCUGGACAUUCUUCCACGACUGGCGCCUCGGGGUCAAGAUAUCAACUCUGUGCAUGGAACAAAGGCUACAUUCCAACGGCGUCAGAUGACAUAUUCAGUCUGGGUUCUGUGUUGUACUUUAUCAUGUGUGGUGAGGAGCCUUAUAGCGACCUCUAUGAGGAUGAGGUUGAACAUCGGUUUGCAAGUUCGGAUUUCCCCGCAUCUGAUCAUCUUGACUGUGGUACGGUCAUCCAGAGUUGCUGGAACAGGACAUUCACCACGGCAGAGGAAGUAAUUCAGGCUUUACCUCACGACAAGGACGUCACUUAG